CAAUGGACCAAGGACAGAGCCUUGAGGCACUCCGGCAUUGAUGGACUUAAUAGACGACAGCACUUCACGAUACAUAACCCUUUGCUUUCUAUUUACAAGAAAAUGAAGAUGAAAAGGAUAGAUUUCAUGUACGGUGUGAUAUAUUUAACAGCGUUUUUGCUCUUGCCAAUAUUCCUUCACAUCUAUGGAUAUUUGGACCAAAGGACAUAUGUGAAAGUCAUUCAUCAAAACUCGUUCUACGAAAACUCAUCAGAAAUUAUUCUUAUGUAUUCGCAUUUCAAGGGUUUCCUCCUUGCUAUAUCAAUAACAUUAAUUACCACUUGCAUUUGUUUGACAUUGGUAUCGUUUACGAAUCAAACUGCUAGAUAUCAGAUCAAGUAUUACCGUCCGUAUUUUACAAGGCAUUGUAUAAUCUGUGUAAUCCCAUUUGUUAUAAGAUACAUCAACCUAACGGACACUACAUCCGAUGACAUUAUGAUUGAAAUGGAUUGGGAGCGUUUGUUCCUGGUAAUAUCUUCAAUUUUUCGGUUUAUCUUAUCUCUCUUUUUGUGUAUUGUACAAAAGUACAAGUUUUGGAGAUUGGUUUUGUAUGUGUUAAUCACAGUGAUUCAUUCUUUCGUAAUCACAUACCUUUUUUGUCUUCUUUUGAGUAAUUGUGUAGAAUUGUUUAAUAUAAUUAAGAAAAGCAAAGACGAAUUUCUGACACAAUGGUCCUACGUUGAUCAUGAACAACCAAACGACUUAAAUGUGAGUAAGAUAAACACAUAUUUAAAAGAUUUCAGUCUUGACCAGAAUUUAUUUCUGGCGACAGGGCAGAAAUCAUAUCAAACUCAAAAUUUAUUGAGUUUGCAGAUAGAAAACAUAGGUGAAAUGACGCGGCCAUAUCAGCAAGGAGUGUAUCAGGUUGGAAUUGGUGAGAGUGUCAGUUUGCCUUGUAAUGUUGGUUAUGAAAUCAAAGAGCCAGUGAGUGUCUUAUGGUCAUUAAAUAGGAGUUAUUCUGAUUUCAAUCUUAGUGUCAGCACUGAAAGAAGCGUUUCGUCGAACAUUAUUACCACUGAACUAAAUAUUGAUUUAGAAAAUUCUGGUUUUGGGGAUAUCACUUGUUCUCUUCGGCAUUAUCGGCAUUUCGGUGAACAAUUAUUUUUUCAGAACAAAAUGGCUACGUCUUCCAUUCAGAGUGAAGAGGCCGUUAUAGCACAGUACAGUGUGAGAAAGUACUCUGGUAGGGACUUUUAUAUAUAUGCAACAGCAGGUGGAGCGAUUGAUAUUACAUGGAAACCAAUGUCAUUUAAUAAUGAUUUAGAAGACCUGAUCCAAUAUUAUUACGUAAAUGGAGUCCUAUUCAAUCGACCAAAAAAUGCUAAACUGUAUUGCUCAAGCUUUUCAUAUUUAUACAUUCUUUAUGGGCUGGCAAUGAAUUGGUUUGAUGUUAAUUAUGCUUGGGAGUCUUCACACUUUUUAAAAAAACAUUCAAGUUUAUUUGAAACUCAUUUUACGGAAUGCGCAGGACCUAGUGUGUUUGGAAUACACACAGUCGAAUAUCUCCGUCCAGUUUACGAUAAAAAGAGUGGAUCCUAUGUAUUACGCGAAGUUCAACAUCCAGACACGUUAUAUGUCCGUCCAGAUUUAGCAUACUUCCACAAGAUGGACAAUGCAACAAAGGAGAAAAAGAUAAAAGAUAUACAAAAAUUUGAUUUGGAUUAUCCGUGGUUUGACAACAGUGAUGACGUUUGUUUAAUAGCACGUGUUUUUUGGGAACUAAUAACCGUCCUGUUUUUACUUUUAUUAUGCUGCUUUUUUCUAUAUAAAUGGUUGAAGUGGUACAGUUACAACAUCAUCCAACCUAUCAAAAAUUUUGUCCUGGGACAGCCAUUUUAUAUUUCUAGUAAGUGUUCUGUCUUAAGGGGCGGUCCUCUGGUCUGCUGUUAUGUUUUAUGCGGAGAUGCUGAUCGAAAUUCGGUUUAUAAUGAGCUCGUUGUUCCACUGAGAAAUAAUGACGUUACGACGGGUUUUACGUUUGAGGAAUCCCAUAUCAACAAAAGUGGAAAGUCGGUAUUUGAUAUUCAAUGUGACAUCCUUAAGCAGUGUAAGCACUUGAUUUUUUAUGUGACCUCCUCUUAUCUGAAGGAAGAAAAUUUUGUUGAUAUUCAAUUAGAAACAGUGCUCCAGUGCAUUAAAAUGGGAUUCAUUUCCUCAAAUAGAGUGUUGAUAAUAAUUGCAGACAAUUGCGAAUUACCGGACAAAAUAAUAUAUAACUUACCGGAAGCAGUGGCAAACAUCCAUGACUGGGUCACAGUAACAAAGCCCGAUCACAGAAUAAGCAGAAUAACAAAGUGGAUGAAGGAUGAAAGAAAAGACAUUUAAUAUCGGAUACUCCGAUUACUAUUGUUUUUCUCGAAUAUAUACACACACGGCGUACUUACAUGUACAGUAAUAUGUCAUAAUAAUCACAGUGUCUGAUGUACAAUGUGAUAAUUAUGAUUAAUUUUAUAAAUGUGUUAUUGCGUUGUUUUUAUUUUUUGGGGUUUGUUGUUGCUAAUUAUGGAUGUAGUUGAUUUAACAGCAGUUCUUUAUUUGUAUAUUUUUACUUUGUUGCUAAAGGUGUUGAUAUUGUUAUUUUUUAUUAUCAUGGAUUUGGUAUUUAUUCGUUUUUUAUUUGAUCAGGUACAUGUAUCAUUUAUGUAUUAUUUUGAUUUUCUGUGGGGGUUUGGGGUUUCCCCCUUGUGUUGUUGUUGUUAAUAAUGGAUGUAGUUGGUGAUGUAAUUUGUUAAUUGUAUACUUUGAUUUGUUCAAGUUGUAAAUAUUUA